AUGCCAUCCGAAUCAUCCACCGACGCUGCCAACAUGGCCGAGAUCCCGACAGAGCAGAUGGCCCAAGUCGUCGAAGCCAUCGGAGGACCCCUCGUGUAUAAGAAGAUCCCCGUCCCGAAGCCCGGUCCCGACGAGGUCCUCGUGCACAUCCUCUACAGCGGCGUCUGCCACACCGACCUGCACGCCAUGCUCGGCGACUGGCCCAUCCCGCCCGCGCUACCCCUCGUUGGCGGCCACGAGGGCGCCGGCGUCGUCGUCGCCCUCGGCGACCUCGUCACCUCCCUCUCCGUCGGCGACCCCGUCGGCGUCCAGUGGCUGCACUCCUCCUGCCUCGCCUGCGAGCACUGCCUCGCCGGCGACGAGCCCCUCUGCGCCCGCGGCCCCGACCUCUCCGGGUACACCGUCUCCGGCAGCUUCCAGCAGUACUGCCUCGCCAAGGCCUCCCACGCCGCGCGCAUCCCCAGCGGCUGCCGCGAAGACAUGGACGCCGUGGCGCCGGUGCUCUGCGCGGGCGUGACGGUCUACAAGGCCCUGAAGGAGUCCGGCGCGCGUCCGGGGCACUGGGUUGUGGUGGCCGGCGCGGGGGGCGGCCUCGGCGCGCUGGCGUGUCAGUACGCGCGCGCGAUGGGCUUGCGCGUCGUCGGCAUCGACACGGGAGCCGACAAGGAGAAGAUGGUGCGCGGCAUGGGCGCCGAGUUUGUCGACUUCGCGGCCGCGGGAGGAGAGGAGGGGCUGGUGGCGCGGGUCAAGAAGCUGACGCCGGGGGGGCUGGGCGCGCACGCGGCGCUGGUGCUGGCCGCGAGGGAGGAGCCGUUCCGCCAGGCCACGCAGUAUGUGCGCGCGAGGGGCGUGGUCGUGUGCGUCGGGCUGCCGCCGGACAACGCGCAGUUCGCGGCGCCCGUGUUCGACACGGUGACGCGCAUGAUACAGAUCCGCGGCAGCUACGUCGGCAACCGCCUGGACACGGCGGAGGCGCUCGAGUUUUACAGCCGGGGCCUCAUCGAGGUGCCGUUCAAGACGGUCGGCCUGAGCGAGCUGCAGAGCGUGUAUGACCUCCUGAAGGCGGGCAAGGUGACGGGGCGCUACGUGCUGGACACCAGCCGCUAG